AGAUGCCGAUUUCUUCUGAUAUUGGAUAAUUAUUCGAUUUAUCCAAUUUUUUUUUUAAGUUCCCAAACACCUGUCCACGAGGACAAGCCACUUAAACGCACACCCUUUCGCAAGCCCUAACCUUAAACCCUCGACUCGGACCGAAGGAUGACGACGUAGGAACGAGAACGACGGUGGAAACAAGUUUUCGCGAAUCUAAUUUAUAGGGCUCGUCGUCUUCCUGAAAAUUCGUUGUUUUUCCAUAAGAUUCUCUGUUUUUGGUUUUGGCAUAACAGUGAGAAGAUGAUGUGUUACUUCUGUUCGUCUUUGCCAAACGUAUCUUGUUCUAACAUGUUGGCUGGAAGUAGCUCCCAAAGCUACCUGACACCGAAGACCAUAUUUUCAAAAUUUUCUAAAACAUUUGGAUUUGAUGCUCCUCUGUCCCAAAUUUUUGCAUUUGAAAGAAUAUAUAUAUGCAUGCAGCAGUCAUUUGGUGGUAUAAUAAGGAGACAACAACACUUGAUCAGGUGUUUGUUAGGCGAUUACUGCAAUAAAGACACCUUUUUUUUGGUAAAUAAGGGCACAAGAAUGCAAUCUGUGAUGAUUGGUGGACCCCAUUUAGAAGUUGAUGCUCUCAGUAUUUUGAGGUCAAUUUCUCCUCCCCUUGAUCCAACUAAGCAUAAAGGCCAAGCUGGCAAAAUAGCUGUUAUAGGUGGUUGUCGUGAGUACACUGGUGCCCCAUAUUUUGCUGCUAUUUCAGCUCUCAAAAUUGGUGCAGAUUUAUCACAUGUGUUUUGUACUAAAGAUGCUGCUCCAGUAAUAAAAGGGUAUAGUCCUGAGUUAAUUGUACAUCCUUUGUUAGAGGAAUCUUACAAUAUAAGGGAGGAGGAAAAAACAUCAAUCUCAAAAAAAGUUCUUGAUGAAGUUGACAAGUGGAUGGAAAGGUUUGACUGCCUUGUGAUUGGUCCAGGGCUCGGAAGAGAUCCAUUUCUUCUGGAUUGUGUAAGUGAUAUCAUGAGGCAUGCUAGGCGAAGCAAUGUUCCCAUGGUCAUUGAUGGGGAUGGGCUAUUUCUUGUGACAAAUUGUGUUGACUUAGUCAAAGGGUAUCCUUUAGCUGUUUUGACUCCAAAUGUAAACGAGUAUAAACGUCUUGUUAACAAAGUUUUAAACUGUGAAGUAAAUGAUCAAGAUGGGCCCCAACAGUUACUCUCUCUUGCCAAAAGUAUCGGUGGCGUGACUAUUCUUCGUAAAGGGCAAUCUGAUUACAUUAGUGAUGGUGAAGCAGUCAGAUCAGUAAGCAUAUAUGGCUCCCCUCGACGCUGUGGUGGACAAGGUGAUAUACUCUCUGGAAGUGUUGCAGUGUAUGUAGCGUGGGCCCGGGAGCUUGUGAGUAAAGGAAAAGUCGAUGCGAACCCAACAAUGUUGGGUUGUAUUGCGGGGUCCACUUUAAUGAGGAAGGCUGCAUCAGUUGCUUUUGAAGAUAAAAAGAGAUCAACUCUCACAACUGAUAUAAUUGAAUGCUUAGGAAGAAGUUUGGAGGCUAUAUGUCCAGUUGGUUAAAGCAUGUUACAUCAAUCUCAUGUUUGACUUUUGUCUACUUUGGGGUUUGACUUUAUUUUAGUUUGGAAGAUGAGGUUUGUUUUAAGGUUGGAGUAAAUCGAUAAAAUAAUAAAGUAUGUUUGGGUUUUUGUUGUCU